CGGGUAGUGAUUGCAAAUGUCUGUCCGUGUGCGCCUCCGCCGCCGCCGCCGCUAGAGUCUGCGUUAUCCUUGUGUGGGAUUACUAGCCUGUACUUACAAUGUGCCAUUGGAUAUAUGCCUACCCUGUUUAAUCAAGCCCUGCAAAUGCAAAGGAUAGGACCUGACAAUACAUAGGGGGCUGGAAACAGCGACUAGAGUCAGGCGAUGCCCACUGCAGUGCGUUGCUCGUUUUUCCGCGUGGUCCUUGUUGCCCUCCUUCUUGUUGCUCUCCUGCAGCUCCUCUAUCUAUCGCUCCUCUCCAGCCUACAUGGACAACAACAGCAAAGGUCAGCUCAUCCAGUGCUUGAAGGCACCCCUCGUACAGAGCCACGAUGGCAGAGGGAGCAGAAGGACUACCUUAAGUCCAUGCUGGCUACUGGUGGCAUACUAGAUGCCAGUGGACAGUAUCGGAUUUACCGCAAUCUGUUGGCACAUAAAGAGGGGCAGUCUAAAAAUCUGGAUGUGUUAUUGGCUUCCCAUGCUAGCCUUAGUAACCUGUGGCAUCUGCAGGAACUUGUACAACGUUGGGAUGGCAGGAUUUCAUUGGCACUCUUUGCCGCUAGUGCUGCUCAAGCAAAGCUUGCCACGGUGCUAACAUAUAGUCUUGCCCAGCUGUGUCCGUCUGUGAGGCAGAGGGUAUCCUUUCAUCUUGUGUGCCAAUCUGGAGAUAUGGCAAUUUUUCCUGAACUAGAAGACCGAGCUGAGUAUGCCCGUCUGCGGACAUGCCAGGCUGUGUUUGCAAAGGCAGCAGGAAUGGGCACAAAUAUAGUAAACUAUGCAGGUAAUGCUUCUUACCCCAACAACUUACUAAGGAAUGUGGCUAGGUCGGGUGUUGGAAGUGCUGCCUUUGCACUAGUGUUGGACAUUGAUAUGGUACCCAGUGAAGGACUCCGAUCAGGAUUUUUAGAUUUAGUUGCCCGAGGUGUAGAUCCACACAUGGUAUUUGUGGUACCAGCUUUUGAAAUUAGACACACUCGCCGUCUGCCUGGCACCAAAGAAGAACUGCUCCGAUUAUAUCAGGUGGGGGAAGUGCGAGCAUUCUAUGAAGAAUUAUGUCCACGGUGCCAAGCACCUACUAAUUAUUCAGUAUGGCUAAACUUGCCAGAGAAGGAAAAUUCUGGCAGACUGGAAGUUGCUUAUGUUGUGGAGUGGAGAGCUCCAUGGGAACCAUUUUAUAUCGGGAAUAAAAAAGUGCCAGCCUUUGAUGAGAGGUUCAAGCAGUAUGGAUACAAUCGAAUCAGCCAGGCUUGUGAGGUGAAUAUUGCUGGCUUCUCAUAUGCAGUCCUGGACUCUGCAUUUCUGUUGCAUAAGGGCCACAAGCUACCUGGAGACUUCCACAGUCAGAAAGAAGAAGAGAACAAAAGAAACCGUCUUCUUUACAGAGGCUUCAAGGAAGAACUAAAAAUGAAGUACCCUGAAUCCACACGACACUGUUAGUAACACCAGCCCAUACCUGUACUAUCCCUUAGAGAAGGGACACUCCACGUUUUCAGAGGUUACUGAAGGUUAGUAGCUGUAGGAAUAGUCGUCCAAGGACAGGACUCUGGAGCAUAUGGACAACAAAUCUACAACUAGUGGCAGCGUAGAUGCAAUUGUAACUUAAUAUAUUUAUUGUUGUGUGUGACUAUUAAAAAUUUGACACUGUA